CGAAAGACGAGUGAGCGCAUUUGUUGUGAAGUAUGGUUUAAAUCUUCUUAAAAAUAUACAUCAGCAUGAGCUCCGAUAUGACUCUGAAGAUGGAUUUAUGCGUGUUUUACAAGGAAUUGGGGAGCAAGAAGAGAGGAUUUGGUGAACCGAGGAGAGACCAACAGGGGAGAAGGACCAUGGCUUCUCUCUCGGUCGCGCUGAAGUCCUGGGUCAUACUGCAGACAUUGUGCCUAGUUCUGGCCCAAGUGAGAGGUCCACCUGGACCUCAGGGCCAGGCGGGCCCACCAGGCUCUUCUGGCACUCCUGGGUCGGACGGCAUUGAUGGAGACAAAGGUCCACCUGGCCCCCCAGGUCCACCAGGACAAAAGGGAGAGCCAGGACAGCCAGGUCCUGAUGGUGCACCAGGAGAGAACGGCAUUGAUGGAUUGAUUGGUGCAAAGGGUGACCGAGGUGCAGUGGGAAGCCCUGGCCCGAAGGGUCGGCCUGGGUUAAGUGGUGAGCCUGGCAGACCUGGACCUGGUCUCCCAGGACUUGCUGGAGCUCCAGGCCCCAUUGGGCUUCCUGGUGAAAUUGGACCAAUCGGACCAAGGGGCUUGAUGGGACCACCUGGACCUCCAGGACUUUCUGGGCCACCAGGCAAGCCAGGUCCGCCAGGGAAGUUCAUUGGUGGAGAAGAAGGGAGUGCCGACUUCCAGUGUCCUCUUAACUGUCCAGCAGGACCUAAGGGCCCGCAGGGACUUCAUGGAGUCAAAGGUCACAAAGGACGUCCUGGAGCUCUUGGAGAAUCUGGCAGUAUUGGAAAAGUGGGACUCAAAGGAGAAGUGGGCAUCUCUGGAGAGCAAGGCAUCCCAGGACCUUCGGGUCCAAUGGGUGUGAGGGGUUAUCCAGGAAUGAUGGGUCCCAAAGGAGAGGCGGGCCCUCGUGGUUACAAGGGCAUCAACGGACCUGUAGGGAUUCCCGGACCUCCAGGUGAGGAGGGACCUCAGGGUCCACCUGGAGAGGCAGGAGACAAGGGAGAUAAAGGCAGCCGUGGUAUCCAAGGCCCACAGGGCGCAGUUGGCAAAAAAGGAGACAAUGGCCUGCCUGGUAUUGAUGGAAAAGAUGGCACACCUGGUAUUCCUGGAAUCAAAGGUGGGCCCGGCCAAGCUGGGAUGCCAGGUCCCCCUGGUCCUCAGGGAACAGCGGGAUUGCCCGGUAGUCCAGGUUCCAAAGGAGGUCCUGGAGCGAAAGGUGAACCUGGACCCAGGGGUCAUUCUGGCAUGCCCGGUGCCCCUGGACCUCUGGGUGAGCCUGGUGUUCCUGGUGAGGCUGGUAUGGCAGGAGUUCCUGGUCUCAAGGGAGACAGAGGUCAGCGGGGUCCAGUGGGCCCCCAAGGAAUAGUGGGGAAGCCUGGAAAUAAAGGAGAAAGGGGGCCAAUGGGUGUUCCAGGUGCUCAGGGCCUGAGUGGAACCAAAGGAGACAAGGGAUUCCAAGGAAAAGGUGGGCCAAAGGGAGACAUCGGUGACCCAGGUGUUGAGGGGUUGGGUGGUGAGAAAGGCGAAAAGGGUUUGUCUGGAGAACCUGGACCUAAAGGACAGCAAGGAGUGAGGGGGGACCCCGGACACAAUGGUCCAACUGGAGACCCUGGCAAACCAGGUGAUCAGGGAUCCGCUGGACUGCCCGGUCCCAGAGGACUGAAUGGAGUGCGAGGUGUGCCUGGCAUGGCGGGCAUUCAGGGUUCGGCAGGACGUGAUGCAUCUGAUCAACAUAUUAUUGAAGUAGUGCUGAGGAUGUUGCAAGAGAAGCUAGCAGCAGUGGCUGUGAGUGCCAAGAGGGCUGUGCUUGGGGGCGCUGGUGUAAUGGGACCCCCAGGCCCUCCUGGACCUGCAGGACCACCCGGUCCCCAGGGAACGCAUGGUAUACCUGGUUCUAGGGGCAUUCCUGGCAUGAUUGGAGCUCCCGGGCAGAUUGGAAACACGGGGCUAAUAGGAAAGAGAGGGGCUAAGGGUGACAGAGGAGAUCCUGGAAAACCCCACCAAGGACCACCAGGACCCCCGGGAAUCCAAGGUCCUCCUGGUGUUGAUGGUGCGGCUCGAGAUGGCAGGCCGGGCGAGAGAGGCCCUCAGGGGGCAGCUGGUGAGGCCGGUCAUCCCGGUAAAGCGGGUCCGCCGGGCCUCCCGGGCUUCUGCGAGGCUGCAAUGUGCCUCGCCGCGUCGGCGUACACCUCUCCGAGACUACAGGAGGCGGGAACCAUCAAAGGACCCAACAUUUAGAUUUCUGUCUCCAUUCACCAGUUCUUGACAAUGGGGAGCCAGAGAAGGACAGAGACCACUCUUCUCACUUGAACAUCAUGAGCAAGGGGCAGGGGGAAGAUAGUACACUGACUGAAUGUACAACCCCUCUCCCUCUCCCCUUUUUCUAAGGCAGACAACCUGAUGGGAUGUUCUCUUUUAUAAUUCCUUACAUCAAAAUGACAACACCAGGUCACAGCCACCCACACCCUUCUGAAUUCUCCAGUAUUUCAGAUCAUGUGCAUCUCCUUGUCUCCCACAACGGUAUCCAUGAACUGAGAGGAUCUGACCGCAAAGUAAAAAGUACAUUUUAUAUAUGCAAUAUUUUGUGAUUCGUUAGUAAAACAAAUUGCCUUUUAAAAAUCUGUGCAAAGGACCAAUAAAUAAUGUACUCUCAGUUGA